CCCAGCUCGAUUAAGAAAUCAGUUCCCCUCUCCUCUCCUUUUUUCUCUCGUUGUAGAGAAGAAUUUGGUCUUCAAAUCAGACGGUGGUGGUUGAUCGAUCCUAAAUAUCAGAUCGAAAUCCAAUGGCGGACGAUAAGUACAAUUUGAAGAAUCCGGCUGUGAAGAGAAUCUUACAGGAGGUUAAAGAGAUGCAAUCUAAUCCAUCAGAUGAUUUCAUGAGCCUUCCACUCGAGGAGAAUAUAUUUGAAUGGCAAUUUGCCAUCAGGGGUCCGUGUGAUACUGAAUUUGAAGGUGGAAUCUAUCAUGGACGAAUUCAGUUACCUGCUGAAUAUCCAUUUAAGCCCCCAUCAUUUAUGUUGUUGACUACUAAUGGGCGCUUUGAAACCCAGACUAAGAUAUGCUUAAGCAUUUCAAAUCACCAUCCAGAGCACUGGCAACCAUCAUGGAGUGUGCGUACCGCCCUUGUAGCACUAAUUGCAUUCAUGCCUACCAACCCAAAUGGUGCAUUGGGAUCACUAGAUUAUAAGAAGGAAGAGAGGCGUGCUUUGGCUAUCAAAUCUCGUGAAGCUGCCCCAAGAUUUGGGACUUCUGAACGUCAGAAGCUCAUUGAUGAGAUUCAUGAAUAUAUGUUAAGCAAGGCACCCCCUGUUCCUCAGCUCAGCCCCUCAGAGUGCUCUGAAGAACACCCUGGCAACAGGGAGGGUGAAGCCCAAGAAAGCUCCCAAGGUGCUGGGGGUGUGCCCUCCCAGGAAGGGCUUCCAAAUCCUGCUGUGGUUGAAAGGAUUACUGAAGAAAUUCAGGAGGUUCCUGCCGAUGCUAAUCCCAGCCCAGCAGUAGCUAGAGCAUCACAAGAGGUUCCUGCCAAUGCUGAUCCCAGCCCUGCAGGAGUUCGAGCAUCAAGAGAGAUUUCUGCUAGAGGCUCAAGUGAUCAUCUUCUGCCGCAAAGGGCAGAGAUGAGGGUUCAAAAACCUGUUGACGAUCGCCUGUUCACGUGGGCUGCUGUUGGACUUACUAUUGCAAUUUUGGUUCUUUUGCUGAAGAAGUUUAUGAAAUCGAGUGGUCAUGGUGCUGUCUUCAUGGAUGGAUCAUAGAUAUAAGAAUGGUUUCAACAGGCUUGACCAUUUGAAUUGGAAUCAGUAAUUAAAAAUGGGCUAAAGUCUUGUCAUGAAUUUCCAUUCGAUCAGUUAGUAUUGUAUAUGAAUAUGAUCCUUGAUAUAUUCAUCUUUAUAUAUCCCAAUGAUGGUAAGUAAUGAUAUAGAUCAGCAACUCAUUUUCAAUUGUAA